AUGGCAGAUUUAACCCCUCUUCUCAACCAACCAAACUCUUCUGACGCAGAAACACCACCGACAACAACGAAUAAACACCUUCCUUCACUUGGCUCCACAGUAGAACUCUGCAUAGGGGAAUUCAAUUGGACCCAAUUCCUCCAAGCUGUUCUUGUUUCCUUUGCUUGGCUCUUUGAUGCACAACAAACAUUCGUAAGUGUGUUCACAGAUGCACAACCACAAUGGCACUGCACAGAACAGGGUGGUGAUUCUUGCAACUCAUCCACCACAUUCUGUAACCUUCCAAAAGAUUCAUGGGCAUGGAAUGGACCCACACAAGCCUCAAUCAUAUCAGAAUGGGGCUUGGAGUGUGAGAAUUCCAUCAUCACAGGCCUCCCAGCUUCAUUGUUCUUCAUGGGGUGCUUAGUUGGUGGUGUUGUUUUGGCUACAUUGGCUGAUUCAUCACUUGGUCGUAAAAACAUGCUCUUUUUCUCAUGUCUCUUGAUGUCCCUAGCUUCCUUGCUAGCAACCUUUUCUACAAACAUUUGGAUCUAUUCAUCACUUAAAUUUCUAUGUGGGUUUGGCCGUGCCACCAUUGGAACCUCUGCUCUUGUCCUAGCUUCCGAGCUCGUCGGAAAACGGUGGCGUGGCCAGAUUAGUGUCAUCGGAUUCUUCUGUUUCACUAUAGGGUUCUUGUCACUCCCUGCUAUGGCUUACACAAACAGGGGUUCUUCAUGGAGGAAUCUUUAUUUGUGGACUUCAAUUCCAACCAUUUUGUAUUGUGUAUUAGUCAAGUUGUUAAUUCAAGAGUCCCCAAGAUGGCUUCUAGUGCAAGGAAGGAAAGAAGAAGCUGUGGCAACUCUGAAAUGCAUAACAUCAAUUACUCAAAGUAACCUCAAUUUGGCUAUUGAUAACAUGUCCCACAAGGCGGAAAAUUGGAACGUGGAUUUGUACUCUGCCCUUAAGAUUUUGUUGCAAAAGAAAUGGUCUUCAAGAAGGUUAUUGGCUAUUAUGGCUAUGGGUUUUGGGAUUGGAUUGGUUUAUUAUGGUAUGCCACUAGGCCUUGGAAUCUUGUCCUUUAACCUUUAUUUAAGUGUCACAUUUAAUGCCUUAUCUGAAUUACCAUCCUCUCUGCUUACCUUCGUUCUAAUAGACAAGUUCAAUAGGAGAAGUUCACUCUUGAUAUUCACUAUCCUAAGUGGUGUUUUUAGUGUGCUUUCAGUCAUGGAAGGGAAUAUGCAAAUUGGGUUUGAGUUAAUAUCAUUCUUCAGUGCUUGUACUUCGUUUAAUAUCUACUUAAUUUACACAACAGAGUUGUUCCCAACUUGUGUGAGGAAUUCGGGGUUGUCCAUGGCGAGGCAAGCGGUGGUAUUUGGUGGCACGUUCAGUCCAUUGCUGGUGAGUGCCGGUAGAGGCAAUAAGAUCCUUUGUUACGGGGUUUUUGGGUUGGUGAUAGGUUGUAGUGGAUUGUUUGGAGUUUUCUUGCCAGAAACAAAGGGGGGAAAGCUAUGUGAUACAAUGGAUGAAGAAGAAAACAAAGAGAAAAUAGCAUGUGACAUAUUAUUGGCCUAA